CCACUCACCGUGCCCCGGCUAACGGAUGGAAGCCUCCUCAGGGCGGGCAGGUCCACUUUCUUACCGUAUCGGUAGCCCAAGCGACCCUGAUUUCCCCAAGCUUCAUCACAAUAAACAUUCACUUAAUAGCUACUAUCAAUCCCGAACCCGUUUAAUCCGUCGUGCGACAGACUGUGACGGAUAUCACUAUGUCCACGUUACAGCGCUCACGAUCACUUCGAAAACCCGCUUCUUCCACCACAACCACUGCCAAUGCUAAUGCGAACGCCCCAGACGGUUCACCGAGUCGCCUUCCUGUAAAACCCUUGACUAGAAGUGCGACAACAUCUAGCAAUGUGAGAAUAUUGAGAAAUGGGACAACCACAGGACUCUCCAGGGCGACAUCUGUCCGACAGCCUGCUAAGCCAGUAACAUCCGAGCCUGCGAAGAGGGAAACUCGAUAUCCCCCCUCAACUACGACUACAAGACCUCGACCAGCGGUGAGACCAACCUCGGCAGAUGGCCCAACGCAAACAACUAGAAAGGCACCUGCCCCUACGCAUACACGCGCAAAGAGCACUGCUACUGGCUUGAGAAAUGCGCCAGUCUUGAGACCUCCUUCUUCUGGUUCAUCAGCUAGCAGCACUACUACCACAACAACUACCACUCGUCCUACUCGGACGUCGACUACUUCGACCAACGAGAAGCUCCCGGGCGCCGCACCACGCCUUCGCCCGGCCUUCUCAACUCUCCAACAACACUACUCGCCAGCCAAGUCCUCUGCGCCCAAACCACUGACAUCAACAUUCCUCGCUCCGCCAUCGCCGUCCAAACUUCCGGCCAACGUCGCUGCAUCCGCUGAGACAAGCCGGUUACAAACCGAGCUUCUGCAACUUCAUCUUUUGCAUCGAGAUGCACCGACCGUUGAUGCUACCUGGAGAGCUAGUGCCCAGCGCAAACUUGGGGAGCGAUUUUCAGAGCUUGCUAGCGCGAGCAAACAGAUUGAUGACCAAGAGAAGGCAGAGGUUGAGAGGGAGAACAUCCUGGCACUCCGUAAGUGGUCUAUUGGCGGUGGUCUGGAAGAGCGCAUACAAAUUCUAGAUGCAGCCCUAGCUGGCCUAUGGGCGCUGGAGGAACCCGGCGGUCGCUAUGCUAGGGUCGUAAGGCGAUUCGAACGAUGGGUUGAUGGCAUGUGCGAAAUCGAAGAAGCGAGACGUGCAGGCGGAGCUCUCAUCCAGGAGAACGACGUGCUGUUUAUUGGCGAGCUUGAUUCUGCAUGGAAGGACGAAUGCGCUGGCUUGGUACGACGAUUGGACACCAUAAAGCGACAACUCGAUCAAUUGGGAGAUUUUGCCCCUGAUGAUCAAGAAGGAGAAUCCAAGGAUCAAUCAAGUCUGCAUCGCAUAGUAGAAGGGUCAAGGGAGCUUGUUCAGGGCAUGCUGACUGAAUUGGCUGUCAUGGACGAUAUUGAGCGGGAUGCGUUUGCUCGUGAAGAUGAGUGGAUUGAGAGAAUGAACCGGGACGAUGAAAUGGAAGAUACCCCAAGAGCCGGAGCAGUCUGGAGAGCCGUGUAAGGCAUUGCAUAACUUGGCAAUGCUCCGUGCGCGGGUUUGGACAUCAGAUGAACGACAUAUUACCUAGAUCAGCGACAUCACAUCAGAUGAUGCGCUUUCUUCAUGUUGUAUAUAGACUCAUUUUUUAAUCAUGUUUGGGACUGAGCUGCUCUAGCUAUGUCAAUUGGGCUCGAAACGAGAACAUGACCAGCAGAAUAGGCUCUCUAUCUCUUCCUUGUGCGUGUUGGCAUAUAUCGACCGGAUAUCGAGUUAAAACGGAAAUUGGUAAAUCAACCACAAUUCUUUCAAAACACCUUCUUCUCUAGCUCGAAACCAU